UAGAUUUUUUUUUUUGUUUGAUCUGUUUAAAUUUACUAUGAAAAUAUUUGAAGUUGUACAAAUUACAUACUACGUAUUCGUAUCUAUCAGUCAAAAGAGGGAUAAAUAAAAUAGAUUUGGAAACAAAUUGGAAGUGUGGUAAAAAUACAAUUCAGAUUUGGAAAUCAUGGUUCGAUUAAUUAGGAGAUCAGAGAGAUGUAAGAAAUAAAUGCGGGAUAAAUGAAAGUAUGUAUUUUUGGAAACAAAUGGCGGUCUAAUUUCAUUUAGGAAACAACCUGGCCCGGACACUAUAUAUAAUUCGUCGUGUGUCCAAUACUUGAAGUCCAAAUCAGAAAAUCACAAUGACGACCAGUUUCAGCAUGAGAGCCUUUCCACUCCCUGACCCCGCCGUCAACGUAAUCGGAUUCCGCUUGCUCGUCAAAGAAACGUCGCCUGCGCCGCCGGGUGCCGCCCCAGUCGUCCGCGCCGUGAGGGACAGCCGCGUGAAAGUCCCGUUCCAUCCCGGCCACGAUAUGUCUUCUCUGGGAAGCGCGUUUUGGUUCAUCACCUCCAAAUUGGCUGAAAGCUUCGGCCUGGAUUCUAUGGUGUGCAGCCAAUGGGCGAGCUUCAUGGUUCCCUUUGCUCUGUCCAACGUCCGGGACCGGACUUCCGGCGUGAUCCUCUCCUACGUCAUUGAGGAGAAUUUCUCAGUCCCGUCACAACCGCCGCCGCCGCAGCGUGCUCUGUUUCUCGACGGAACUCUGGUUUUCGACGCCGCCGAUGUCUCACGAUUCCCGGCCUCCCCUGCCCCGUCUUUUCGGGCCCGGGGGAGGUCUGGGAUUGAGACGAGUUAUGGCCAGGAUGCUCUGUUUGUGGACGGCGGUCUGGUUUUCAACGGCUUUGCCGAUGACCCAUAUUUCCUGGCCGCCGGUCCCCCGCCUUUGCCGGCGGAAGGUAUGUCGGAGAAUGAGAUUUCAAGCUUAAAGACGGAGGCUUUUGGUGGCGGAAAAUGCGAGGCUUGUAGUAUCUGCUUAAACGAUUUUAUCAGAGGGUCGGCGAUCAUAUCUCUAUCGCCAUGUUCCCACAAAUUUCACAAAAGCUGCAUUGCCAAGUGGCUGAGGAGAAGAAGGACCUGUCCAAUGUGCAGGACAAUUGCCUUGGUUCCUUGAAACAAAACCAGAAAACAUUCAAUUAGUUUAACAGAUUCUAAUUCCAGGAUUUGGUGAAUCCUAUUUUUUUGUAACACCUCGGCUGCUAUAUAUAUUGAACUCUAAUUUGUAGUUCUGAUGAGAUUGUUAACUGAAAUUAUGAUAUAUGUAGUAUAUUCUCAACGUAUUUUUUUAAUAUGAACUGAUAUCCAUGUUUACUUAUUUUGAUCGAGUAUCAAACUGGUUUUGAUAGUAUAGUACUAUGAUAAAAGCAAACCGUUCUCAUUUUGUCUGUAGUUUCUUUUUCACACAUUUUGGAAUUUGGAGUGUUUUUUUGGUAGUCCUUAAGGCGGCUAUAUAUCACCCUUAAGCUUGUAGCAGUCAUGACAAAUAUCAAAGACUACCUUAAUCAGACAACAUAAGUAUGUUUGGAAGAUUUAGUAGUUACUCUUAAACUAUAUAUAUAUAUAUAUAUAGAUACUCAUGCCACUUCAUUUUUUUUAGAAAUUAUAUUGCAGCUCCAUUUCUAAAAAUAGCUAUAGGCUAUAGAUAGGAAAAGAUUGGGGUUUUAGUUAACACUAAAUAAGUACUCACUAAUUAACAGCAACACAACGUAAACUUCUCAAAUAUUGGAAGUUCUGUCCUAAAUCAUCCUUCUGUAUAGUUUCUGUUUUAUUUUGCAAAAUCAUUGUUGUCACAUUGAAUCACUUUCAAACCAUAUGUAUAGAAAGUGCAAAAUAAAUUUCAAGCUUGGGUUGUUGUGUAUUUCACAGAUUGAACUUUUUUUUGGCAUUUCACAGAUUGAACUUAACAAAAAAGACAAUAUGCAUGGUGCUAUCAAUAUUUCUAGCCUGUAAUGAAAUGUUACUAAAUAGAAGUUCUAACUAUAUAAAAAUCACAUAAUAUAGCAUAUCCCGGUGUUUAGUGUCGAUCACUGUGUUAUUAAGGGAGUGUUUGCAAGUUGCAACUGUUUCUGCUUACAAAAAAGCAUUUUUGGAGUGAUUAGGAAAAAGUGGUUAGUAGUAAAAGUUGAUACUGUUUGAGAAAAAAGUGUUUUUGAAAAGUAAAAGUUGGUAGUGUUUGGAAAAAUAAGUGUUUUUUGUGUAAUAGAAAAGGGAAAAACACUUUUCACAUGAAAGCCGAGAAAAGUAAAAAUUGGUAGCGUUUGGUAAAUAAGUGUUUUUUAAGCCAAAAGGCUGAGAAGUUUUUUUUUUUAGCAGUUGCAAACCAGCCUUAAGUCAUCUAUACUACUUUGAUAUUAAAAAAGUACUUUUUGCCUACAAUUGAAAUUUUAUUAAAUUCUGCUAGGCUUUUUCGGCUAAGUUUUUUUUUUCUUUAAGUAAAAUUCUUGCUAAGCUUUAGAAUUGGAUAAUGUAAGUUGCGUUCUACCCCACAAUUAUUAUUUUCGCUUAGCUAUGUUUUCUCAUGACAUGCAUAAAACUUCUAAACACCGAAACACAAUGUUCCAUGCAGGGGAAAAACAAAGUUGUUCCUUAACAAGGUAUAAUCAUUAAGUUAGAACUUGUAUGCCACCCGUGCGAUGCACAAUGAAUAUUUUCUCCGUAAAAUUUAUUAUAAUGAAAUGCAAAAUUUAUAAUUAAAAAAUAACUUAUCAUGACAAUGUUAGACAGACUUAUAGUUAGCCGGUUAUAAGUUUGUUAGUUUGUUCUCAUUUUCAGUUGACUUAGUUUAGUUAUUGAGCUGAGCUUUGUAAGACCUAGCAAGUCUAUAAAUACUUUGUAUCAUCUUCUUCCACCAAUAAGAUCAAUUUACAUUUCUUCUCUUUACGUUUCUAAUAUGGUUUCAGAGCUUUGCUCGAUCCAUCAAUGGUGACCACUUCAGAUUCAACUUCCAAUAAUUCUACUGGAGCAUUUCCGACUCCAGUAACCUUCACACAUCCUUUUCAAGUAAAGCUAGAUUCAACCAACUAUCUUUUCUGGAAACAUCACGCUGAAUCGGUAGUUCAUGCUCACAAACUGCUCCAAUUUCUUGUUAAACCUGCAAUUCCAGUUCAUUUUCUCAAUCGCGAAGAUGAGAACAAUGGAAUCGAGAACGAAGCAUACGUUAGUUGGGAACAACAAGACCAAAUGCUAUUCUCAUGGCUUCUGGCGUCUCUAUCUGAAACAUUUCACGCUAGAGUUAUUCAUUGCAGACAUUCACACCAACUAUGGACUGAAAUCAACAAUUAUUUUCACUCGCACAUCCUUGCUAAAGCACGACAACUCAAAUCAGAACUGUACAAUACCUCUAAAGGUGAUCGAUCAAUCUCAUCCUAUCUUGUUCGCAUACAAAAUCUUGAGGAUAACCUAACUGCAAUCGUAGAAACUAUCUCAGCCAAUGAUCAUGUUAAUGUCAUUCUGGAAGGACUCCGUGAGGAGUACGAAUCCCUAGCUUCAUCUAUAUCCUCACGAAGUGUUAUAGAUCUUGUAUCUCUUUCGGAAGUUGAAUCUCCCUUAUCUGCUAAAGAAAUGCAUCUAUAGAAACUUCGCAAUUCCUCACAACAAGCCUUAUUCUCUGCAAACAUUCCUCGUCUGGAGACAUCUUCUCAAAAUACUGAGUCUGUUUCUCAAAUUCCUGUAGAGAAUUCUUCAGAUAAUGCCUCUGUACAACUUGCUCAGUUCAACAAUUCUGAAAACCACUCCUAUCAAGGCAGAUGUCGUGGAAACUUUGGCAGAGGUCGUGGUGGUGGUCGUUCUGGUGCAAGAAAUCCUGUAGUUUGCCAAGUGUGUGGCAAAAGUGGUCACCAUGCCCUAAUAUGUUACCAAUCGCUAUAAUACAGCAUACACUGUAUCCAAUACAUCUUCAUCAAACUCAUCCUACUCACAAUAUUCAAACAUUCCUUCAAUCCACAUUCACAAAGGCCACCAGCAUACAACAUAAAUUCUACCAAUACAAACCAUUCAGGACCACCUACACAGUUUGCCAACUGGAAUCAACAACCCUGUAAUCCUCUAUACAACAUUUCACCUCUUCCUGCAUCUUACAAUCAUCCUGCAGCCUAUAAUCAUCCUGCACCCAACAACCUUCACUCCAAUCCUUCACCCAGUGCUGCUUGGGCUUGUGCUACUCCAUCAAUUCUGGGACCUACACCACAAUCUCAAACCUGGUUCCCUGGUUCUUGUGCUACACACCAUGUUACAACCGAUCCUCUUAAUCUACAGCACAAUGAGACUCUUGCUUCUACUGAUAACCUCUUUCACAUUUCCUUCUCCAUAUCAAUCAUCCCUGCAUCUUUCCCUUAAUAAUAUUCUUCAUGUUCCUUCAAUUACUAAAAAUCUCCUUAGUGUUAGUCAGUCUGCAAAAGACAAUAAUGUCUUCUUUGAAUUUCAUCCUUAUGAUUUCUUUGUCAAAUCUCAGGUUUCUAAGCAAGUUUUCUUACAUGGUUUCCUUGGAGAAGAUGGUUUUUACAAGUUUUAGUCCAUUCCUCUUCAAUUAGUCCAGUCUGUUGCACCGGUCCAGUCUGUUGCACCAGUCCAGUCUGCCAGUGUUGCAUCAUCGCCUAGUAGUGUUCUAAAAUCUUGUAAUAAUUCCAAAUCUUGUAAUGUUUCUCAAGUUUGUAAUCUAUGGCACUUAAAACUAGGUCAUCCUCAUUUUGAGGCAUUGAAAUCUGUUCUCCAACUAUGUAAUAUCCCUCAUAUCAAUAAAAAUACUGUUGAUUUUUGUUCAGCAUGUUGCCUUGGCAAAGCUCACAGAUUACCAUCAUCAAAUUCUACCACUAUUUUCAAUUCACCAUUUGAACUCAUCUUUAUUGAUUUGUGGGGGCCUGCUCCUAUCACCUCAUUUGAUGGUUAUACAUAUUAUAUCUCUUUCAUAGAUGCAUGUACCAGAUACACUUGGCUCUAUUUUCUUCAAAAGAAAUUUGAUGCCCUUCUUGCCUUCACCAACUUCUAUCAAUAUAUUCUUAAUCAAUUCUCUGUUUCCAUCAAAUAUAUACAAUCUGAUUGGGGAGGUGAGUUUAGAUCCUUUACCAAAUUACUUUCUGAAAAAGGAAUUACUCAUAGACUCAUUUGCCCUCACACACAUCAUCAAAAUGGUGUGGUUGAACGCAAACACCGCACCAUUGUUGAAAAGGGACUGUCCCUUCUUGCUCACUCAUCUCUCCCUCUCGAAUUCUGGGAUGCAACAUUUGUUACUGCUAUUCAUCUCAGUAACAGGUCACCUUCAAAAUCUCUUUCUAACUCCAGUCCUUAUUUCAAGCUAUAUGGCUCCAUUCCUGACUAUUCCUUCUUAAAAGUGUUUGGAUGUUCUUGCUAUCCUUUCACAAGUCCAUACAACAAGCAUAAAAUGGAUUUUCAUUCUGAGGAGUGUGUGUUCAUAGGCUAUUCCUCAAAUCAUAAAGGUUAUAAAUGCUUAUCACCCUCUGGCAAGAUAUCUCUCUCUCAAGAUGUAAUCUUUCAGGAAUCUAAAUUUCCUUACACCACUCUCUUUUCUCCUUCAUGCUCCUCAGAUCAAAAAUCUGCAUCCACUCAUUCUACUGCACCUCUAACAGUCUUUCCUCAAGUUCACUCACAAUUCCUUAAUCCAAGCCAAUCUUCUUCAACUGAUUCAUCUCAAUCUGAUUCAACUUCAAAUAAAC